AUGCCUUUCUGCAAGAGGACGACUCUUCCCAAAGAUGUGUGCAGACCCGCUGGAGGGGGGCUGCGACCCCGCCAGGUGCCGGAGGUCUUCUCGGACCUGGCGGACGUGGUGGGCUUCUCCCUGUGCUCGGUGCUGCGGCAGCUGUCCGACCUGUCGAGGCACUCGGUGAGCAUCCUGCAGGAGCUGGAGGCGGACCUGGUGUCCGUGGUCCACCGGUCCGGAGCCCUGGAGGGUCGACUGGUCCGGCUGCAGGGACGCGUCACGGAGCUGCUCAGCAAGCCUCCGCCCAGAGCCACUAGCGGUCUCGAGGCGGAGGGCGGCAGGCGCGGCGGCAGCAGCAGCCACGGUGAUGGAAGCCACGGCGGCGGCGGCAGCGGCAGCAGCAGCGGCGGCGGCGGCGGCGGCGGUGGAGGAGCGGCCCACUUCAAGUCUCCAUGGCAACAGAGCGUGAACGUGUUCGGCUCGUGGAGCAGGCCGGACUGUGUGGAGGAGCUGCACCAGGAGGCGCAGCUCAACCUCCAGAGCCUGCUGCAAGACUUUGAGGAGCAGUUGUACGACACCAAGCUGACCGGUCAGACGUUCCGGCAUCCGUCCUCGCAGAGCUCUGACGACACGUCCACCUCGCUCAGCCGAUCGCCCGUCUCCCUCAACAACAAGAGACCCGACUUCAUCUUCCUGCCGGCGUCCAAACAGCUUUACGAAGAUGAAACCUCCUCCUCCGUGUUCGGACUGAGGUCAGCGACCGACCCGUCUCCGUCCCCGACGCCGUCCCCCUGCGGCUCAGAUCGCCCCCCGCUGGGCUGGAGUAGUAACAACAGCAGCAGCAGCAACGCCACGUCGGUGAACACCGGACCGCCGACCGCAGAGAAACCACGCUGGCACCUGGGGAGACGCAUCCAACACGACAUCACAGGUGAGGGAGGAGGAGGAGGAGGAGGAGGAGGGAAAUUCCACGGCGUCGACCUCCUCCAGCACUCCCCGUCCCCGUCUCCGUCUCCAGGCGACCCCUUCCCCCACCAGCCCCACUCCCUGGAGCCUGUCACGGACACCCCCCACCAGAGCCUCCCCCUGAGGAAGACGCACUCUGACCUCGACACAACCUUACCUGCAGAUAAAGCUGUAGAGCACCGUGUCUCCAACCAGCUCCACCCAGGCAUUAUGGACCACUCUGGUCUCCUGUGCUCAAACACACCCUCGGCUUCCUGGAACGGACCAAAGGGCUCCACCUUUUCUCCCGGGGCGUGGAACGAGCCGUACAACUACAGCAUGAGCAAAGGCCCGGCGGUCCCGCCCAAGCAGCACAGCGUCAUCGGCCACGCCGGCGGAGGGCUGCAGGACGGCGUGAUGCUGGUGAGCUCGGGACAGUCCAUGAGCUCGCACGCCAGCUCCUUCACGUCUGUGACGGACUCUUCGGGGAGAGGAGGGAAUAUCGUGCCGGGGAUUUCACUGGUGACGCCGUCGAUGGGGAAGCGGAGCGAGACGGAAGGAGCGGCGGCGGACGGAGGGAGACACGCUGGGGGAGGGGGAGCUGGGGAGGCUGGGAGAGGGAGGGAGAGGUCGGCGCGUUCCAUAGCAGCACAGAAAGCCUUCAAGUUCCGGGAGCGUUCCCUGUCCACACCCACGGAAUCUGGCUCCUUCACCUUUGCCGAGGGUGGAGUGGGCCAGCCGGACGGGAACCUCAUGUCCACUGGGAACGGAAAUGCUUUGGCAAUAACAGACCACCAACAACAGCACCACCACUUCCUCGGUUUGAGCGAGAACUACGCCCUCCUCUACCCGAGAGGCAGCUCCGAAGACAGCACCAGUACCACCGAUACGAUAUCCGUCACGGCGUCGGACUACAGCGCGGACGGCCGCCUGCGUCUACGCUCCCGCUCCAUCUCGCUUAAGAAAUCCAAGCGCAAGCCGCCGCCUCCAGUGAGGAGUGUCUCUUUAAUGAAGAACCUCGGAGAAGCCCAGGGACGAAUCCACCAUGAAGGUGGCCUUUAUCGGGACGGACGCCCAAAGAGCUUGCAUAUCCCGAGGGAUCACUUCCCGGACUUCCAGCCGGAUUUCCUCCUGCCCAGCUCCUCCUGCUCCUCCAGACCCAGUGUCGGUGAGAGGGAGCUGGGACAUGGAGGCAGCGACGGACCCCCGAGCCUGGAGGUUCAGCCCCCAGAGAGGGAGGGAGAGACAGAACUGACCUUUCCUACUCACUGGCAGCUAGGGGACUGGAAGAAUGACCCCUACAGGUCUCUCUCAGGCUCCAGCACAGCGACUGGUACCACAGUGAUUGAAUGUAUGAAAGUCCGAAGCAGCUCCGAGUCACUUCUUGACUCUCCCUCCACAUCCAGAGGCCCCUCCCCCUCGCAGCUCUCCAUGGAAACUGAAAUCAAGGCAUCCUCGCCCUUCAAACCCCCGGGACUUAUGUCACCAUCGAGUGGCUAUUCCAGCCAAUCAGAGACUCCCACUUCAACUGUUCCACUCAGCCAUGUGGGCGGUCAGGGGACACUCGGGACGUUGGGGUGUAAGUUGCGCCCAAAGAUUCCAGAAAGGAAAUCGUCCCUUCCUUCACCCAAGGACCCGUCUGCCAGAUCCAGAUUGUCCUUUGAGAUGCCGGGGAAUGCACAUCUGGAGCUGUGUUCCAUCAAGCCCAAGCAGAAGGCCAGCAGACGGCAUUCUGACACCUCCACAGCAGCCAAACCAGGGAAGGUCAGCCCGAGCUCUUCACACACUUUGCCUGUCGUCACCCAGAACGAGCUGAAGACUAUUCGGCUUCGCUCUGUCUCUCGCGGAGACCUGGAGGACUGUCCCGAUGGUGCGUCUGACACCAUUGAAGAAGAGCAGCACGGCCGAGACUUCUGUGAAUUCCCCAGUCCUCCGCCCACUCUACCAAAACCCAAACCACCCGUCGCUGUCAAGCCCCCUUUGCCCAAACGACCAAUAAACCUCCUCAUCAAGGCUCCUUCCCCCUCCUCUACGUCCCCUCUUGCCCUGGACUCACCACCCGGCUCACCCGUGGACCGGCCUGUACCCUUGGGCAACAUCUACAAAGUCAUGAGAAGACCCAAACCCAAAAAACCUCCUCCUCAAACUUUAUCGAGUCCUUCUGGUCUCCCAGAUUCAAAUUUCCCUUCCAACACACAAACUGGUUAUGAUCAUCCCUUCCUCCACCACUCCCAGUCCCUCUUCGAUCUCCCUCCGCUCCCGGAUCCUCAGCCUCUCCUGGAGGACCCGGUGUUAGAGCCUGAAUUUGAAUCCGACCACGAGAUCCGGCUUGGGCCUGAAGACGGAGGUUCACUCCCUUCUCCGUGCAGUAAUCAGGAGGUCCAGGAGCUCCCGGACAAGAGCAAGACACUCCCCUCCAGGAUGACCAUCUCCUGUCUGUCAGAGCUGUCGGACAAAAAGAAACCCAAGGUUCCUCCUCCAGUCCCCAAGAAGCCCAGUGUUCUUCUUCUCCCCACGUCGGUCCACUCCUCCUCUAAUGGCAGCGCCGAGCGACAGCCGCCGCAGGCCGACAGCCCCGUGGGCCUUCGGUCUCCGGUUGGAACUUUCCCACCGGACUAUCUGUCCAGCGUUCCCUGUGUUCCAGAUAUGCCAGAGCUAGAUGAGAACCACUUGGAACCAGACGAGGAGAGUUCCAAAGAGUCGUCACUUCAGUCCACCGUGCAGGAUUCCUCUUUCACUGAGCUCGAGGGGAAGAUGGCCGCCACUGGGAUCGGAGCAGAUGACUCCGAGGAGAAGACUGUGCUCCACAUCGCCGAGGAGACGGAUGACGACCUGCCGGCCACACCGACAUCGCACACCACCGAAGACCUUUUCACUAUAAUACACAGGUCCAAGCGAAGGGUUCUGGGUCGCAAGGAGCCGACCGACUCCUUCGGCAGCCGGCAGAGCCUGGUGUCCCCCGUGAAGCACAGCGCCGGCAGCACCGACCUCCGGACCAUGACCUUGGGCAGCACUCAGAGGUCGAGCUCCCGCAACGACAACUUCAUGGCCCUGCUUCAGAAGAAAGGCAGCAAGACUUCCAGCGGAGGGGCCAGAGUUUCCGCCAUGGAGCUUCUCAAAAGCACAAACCCUCUGGCACGCCGGGUCACCGAGUUCUCCACCGCCACGUCCACGUCCGCGGAGGGAGAAGAGGCGGCGCCUGGGAACGGCCAGGCCAGCGACCAGUGA